AUGGUACUGUUGGUCGACUGCAGGCUAAAAAGUUUGUUAAGAAACAUCCACCUGCGAUAUGUUAUCGCUGUGGAAAAGGUCCGCAUUCUCCAGCUGAAUGUAAAUUUAAAGAUGCCGUCUGUCACAAAAGGGAAAGAGAUCCUGUUUAGUCGUGAAUGGCUUCGGAAAAUAGAGCUUGAUUGGACAGAAAUACACCGUCUCCAUGAUUCUGUUGAUAUUCCAAUUAUUGACCGUUCAAAUCCAAAACUAAAAGCAUUGCUGAACAAGUAUAAUUCAGUAUUCCAAGAGGGAUUGGGCACACUCAAGGAUCUGAAAGCGAAGUUGAUUGUCCCUGAUGACAGCACACCAAAAAUUUUCAAGGCAAGAAAUGUACCAUAUGCCUUGAAGCCAAAAGUUGAAUCUGAAUUAGAGAGACUUGAACAGUCUGGAGUACUUUCCAAAGUUGAGUUCACUGAAUGGGCCGCCCCAAUUGUUCCUGUAGUUAAAACCGAUGGUCGUGUUCGUAUAUGUGGUGACUUUAAAGUUAUUGUGAAUCCUGUGCUCCAGGACAUCACAUACCCUCUCCCCAAGAUAGAGGAUAAUUUCGCAAAAUUGGCUGGUGGACAAUAUUUCACCAAGAUCGAUCUGACUCGGGCGUAUCUUCAAAUGGAAGUUGAGGAAGAUUCAAAGAAAUAUCUCACUGUGAACACACACAAAGGACUGUAUCGGUAUAACAGACUACCGUUCGGUAUCAAAACCGCACCCGCUAUCUGGCAGCGUACAAUAGAGCAAGUACUGCAAGGUAUUUCCGGUACUGAGGUUCUCCUAGAUGACAUAGUUGUUACUGAUGAGAAGAAACUUGAGAACUCGUCUUGA